UGGAGGGUACUGUACUUUUAGCUGUGAUCAUGUUCACUGACAGCCUGUAAGUCACUUCAUGAAGCAAACCAGAGUUCGCUGAGCACAUGUGGAAGGCAGUGGCUCCGGAAACAUGAUUUCAAGUAACAGCAGCAGUUCAUGUCGAACAGAGUUUAAUCUGAUUCAAGUGAAUGGAACCUGGACUCGACAAACUGGACAGUGCAAACAGAAGGAGGGAAAAUCUUCAGAUGCUAAAAUCUAUGAGAACAAGACGGACCAAGGAGUAUGUUGGACGGUGGUGAGCCCUAUUGUUUUUACCUACAGAGUUAUUCAGUGUAAAGACCUACUGGACCCCAGGAAUGACACUUUGCUCUGGGGCCAUCUAGGAGAUGAAGAACUUAAAGACACCACGAGUAACUCCAAACCUGUCAAGCGCUUUAUUGUCAUUGAUAAAACUGUACACGAGCUGUACGGCUCUAAGGUCUCUCAGUACUUUGAUGAGAGGGGUGUCAUUUACAAGAUUCUUCCUCUGACCACCACUGAGGAGAACAAGAGCAUGGAGUUAGUGACGAAGAUUCUGGAGGAAGUUCACCAUUUGGGGAUUGACAGACGUUCUGAGCCAAUCAUCGCGCUCGGAGGUGGAGUCUGUUUGGAUGUGGUUGGUCUGGCAGCAUCUCUCUAUCGACGAAGGACGCCAUACAUCCGGGUGCCGACCACUCUGCUGUCUUACGUUGACGCCAGCGUUGGGGCAAAAACAGGGGUCAACUUUGCCGGAGGGAAAAACAAGCUGGGAACCUAUGUUCCGCCAGUGGCAACAUUUUUAGACAGCUCAUUCUUCCAAACUCUGCCUCUACGGCAGAUUUCUAAUGGAUUUGCAGAGAUGUUAAAGAUGGCCCUGAUGAAGCACCUUGGCCUGUUUGAGCUGCUUGAGGUGAAUGGCAGUAAACUGUUACAUGCCAAGCUGCAGCCCUCAAAAACUUGUAGUGGCUCUGAAAUGGAAGACAGCACUGCAGCAUCCAUGCGCAUCGCCAUAGAAACAAUGCUAGAGGAACUGGCUCCAAAUUUGUGGGAGGAUGAUCUGGAUCGGCUGGUGGAUUUCGGGCACCUUAUCAGCCCUGAGCUAGAAAUGAAAGUUUUGCCGGCACUGCUUCAUGGGGAGGCAGUCAACAUCGAUAUGUCCUUUAUGGUCUAUGUGGCCCAACAAAAGGGGCUUCUGACAAACGAUGAGAAGGACCGCAUUAUUCAGUGUAUGCUGGGACUGGAGCUACCUGUGUGGCACGAAGAGUGCUCCCUGGCAUUGGUGCAGAAAUCUCUCAGGGAGCGUCUGAAGCACUCGGCUGGCUCUGUGAGGAUGCCUCUACCAACAGGACUCGGAAGAGCUGAAAUCUUCCAUGACAUGAUAGAAGAUGAUGUCAUCUGCCAAGCGUUUCAGAAAUGGACUGAAGAACUUUCUUCUUUUGGUGCACCACCCGCCCUUGGAGAGCAGUGAAAGUCAUGCUGGUGGGACCGCACUGAAAGUGUGUCACAGGGGGGAGGCUCCAGGACCCGGCCCGGAAUCUCCAAUCACCUCACAGAGUCAGAGGCAGCAGACCAGCCCCAUCCAGAGCCACAGAAGAGCAGAAGAAAGGAAAGGGCCGGAGCCCACUGGAAACAUGCUGUCCACCAGCACACUGUGCAAACCAGCACAGAUACUGUUUCACUUAGAGACAUGUGUUGACACGUGUUGAACAGGGCGUCCUACAAUAAAAUCGUAAACCUACAUCUUUAAGAUGUCACAAGCAAAGAAACAAUUUUACUUGUAUUAUGGCACAAAUGUCAUAAAUUUCUGCUAACAGUUCUCUCAAACAAAUGACUGAAAUUGCACAAUUAUCCAAGACAAACAUUGCUUUGAUGUUUAGAAAGCUUGUUAAAUGUUAUGCUAAAGAGUCAACAUCAGCUUAGUUUUAUGUAUCAGCAUCAGAGUGCAAUUUUGUUACCCAAUAACUAUUUCCUCUAAAUAAGUUAACUGUUAAGGUACAGAUAAAAAAAGAAGUCCUUUCAAGUAUGACUGCAUGAUAGUAGGAAUACAUGUAAAUGCAAUACUGUUGUAAAAUGUGAUGCAAUGAAGAUAUCUGCUGAAACUGAUGUUUUUCUCUUUUCUCUUUGUCCAUCAUGAUAUCCUCAUCCCUCUCCGUGAACUUUAGCAUCUCUGUCACU